AUGUCGUUUUUCAUAAACCAAAUAGUCAAAGAACAACACUUAUUUUGUAAUUUCUAUUUGGUAAUUCGUGAAAGUGUUUGGGACUGUAUUGCCCUUGCAGCUGUUUUUCUUGAUGAAGAUGAUAUCGCAACGUACGCAAUUAAGACAAUCGAUGAUCUGAGAACGCUGAACAAGACGGUGUACCUCAGGCCACCGGAGAACGUUCUGUACCAAAGACAACUGGUGGAGAUGUGGGAGAAGCUCAGUGGAAGGACACUGGAGAAGAGAAGCGUUUCUGCAGAAGAUUCUCUUGCCUCCAUGAAAGGACUGGGUUCUGCAGAGCAAGUGGGAGUGGGCCAUUUCUACCACAUAUUCUAGGAAGGCUAUUUGACAAACUUUGAAAUUGGGGAAGCUGGAGGAGAAGCUUCCCGGCUUUAUCCUGAAGUUCAAUACACCCGCAUGGAUGAAUACCUCAAGAUUUAUGUAUGAUCGUACGAGGAAGCAUUUGAACCAAUCAGAGUUCACUCACGCUAUUGAAAUAAAAAUCUUGAUUUUUCUAGAA